AUGCAAUUCUUUUUAGCCAUAAUCCUCAUUUUGGCUAUAAAUAGUUUUGUUGAAUCAUCGUCAUCAUCAUCAGUACAACAAUGUUUUUCAAAAGGAUCAGAAGGAUUUAAAGGGGUCACAUAUGAAUAUAUUGACUCUGCAUAUAAUGCAAACUAUAUGAACCCUUUAACUGACCAAUUGGAUCAAAUGACAUUCUAUGAAGCAGGUUUAUUUUCAGCUGAUUAUAUUAAUGGCCAAGUAUUUUACCAAUAUAGAAGAAAUGAAAAUUCAAUUUGGGAAGAAGGCAAAUUAGUUGCAUUUAAAUCAAAUGGAACUCAAUAUUUUUUGGAUAGCUUAGAUGGUGGAAAUUGUUCAGUUGGAAAGAUUGAUCCAGAAACUCAAUUUACUAUACCACCAUUAGAUUUAGUUAGUCAAGGUACAAUGGGUGGUGUUAAUGUUGAUUUUUUAGAAUAUCCUCAAACUAAUAAUUAUACUUCAAAUACUUUAAUUGUAAAUUCUGAUAAUUGUUAUUUUAUGUCUUCAAAUUGUCAUAAUACUCCAUUAUAUCCAGCCGGAUUUUCAUUAAUUACUUUUUAUAAUUUUAUGGAUGAACCAGAUUCUCAAUUAUUCCAAUUACCACCACAAUGUUGGAAUUUGAAUUUAGAUUCAACUCAAUCAAUUCAAAAAUAUUCUAAAUCAAUUUCAAAUAUUUUCCCAAAUAUUGGAAAAUAUUAA